AUGCUGCAGCAUGAACUUGACGUUCACAAUUUAUGGAUGUCUGAUGAAGCACAUUUCCAUUUAUCUGGCUAUACCAAUAAACAAAACAGCCGUUAUUGGGCUUUGGAAAAUCCACAAGAACUUCAUCAACAGCCGUUACACAGCCCCAAGGUAACAGUAUGGUGCGCAAUAUCUUCAAUGGGAAUCAUAGGUCCCUAUUUUUUUGAGGAUCACAAUGAAAAUGCUUUAACAGUCAAUGCUGCACGCUAUACUGACAUGAUUAACCAGUUCCUUACACAGCAACUGAACAUGUUUCCACAGAACAAUAGCUGGUUCCAGCAAGAUGGCGCUACUUCACAUACCGCAAGAGCAUCAAUGGAUUCCGUGCGAAGAUUGUUUCCAGGUCGUGUUAUCUCCAGACACGGAGACAUUGAGUGGCCCCCAAGAUCGCCAGAUCUUACGGCAUGCGACUACUUUUUGUGGGGCUAUCUAAAAAGCAAGGUGUUCAUUGACAAACCACGAGAUAUUCGGGAGCUGAAAAUGAAAAUUCUGGAAGAAAUUGCUAAUAUUCCGUUGGAUAUGUUGCGUCGUGUUAUGCAGAAUUUCAACGUUCAGCUUCAAGAGUGUAUGGAGAGAAGAGGAGGCCAUUUAGCAGGCAUAAUUUUUAAGAAAUAA